UCGUUGAAGGAGUACGUCGUCCAAUGGCCGGCAAGCAUGAUUGGCACGUGGGAGCAGUUUCCGAUGGUUGCCCGCAUAUGGAUUGAGCAGUUGCAGCGGCCGCCAACUGGGGUGGCUGCCAUGUGUGACCAGCACUACAUGGAGUGGUACAACCGGCACUCGCACCCGAGGUUGAUCAGAGACGUCCACCACGGCGACGACGCCGAUGAUGAUGAUGUGCCACCGCCCACUGCCGUGGAUGCGUGGAUGGGAAAGAUGACGCAGUUGGGACACAGACUUUUUGAGGAGAGGGACAACAUGACGACUGCAACAGGCAGAGCUGUUAUUGAUGAACUGGAACGGGCCCUUGAGCAGUGGCAGUGGGCGUCACAGAGAGAUUAUUGAUAUGUCGGCAGUGCAUUUAUAAAACAUUUUCCUAGUUGUUUGUAAAAGUUAACAUUAUCUGUUCUUAUAAUUAUUAUUUUAAGUUCUUAGAAUUUGACAUUA